AUGGCUGGCUCACCCAAUUCCAACCUCCGCGCCUUCAACCACGCCGUCCACACCCUACUCAAACAUCCCGCCCAGUUUCUCCCACACCUCACAAUCCCAACCUUCACGUAUCUCCCAGAGGAACUAGGGCCGCACCUCACAAAGAUAACACGCUCUGUCCCCCCCAAAACAACAAACUUCCCUCCACAAAUCCUCUCCAAACUCGCUGCUCUCCGGCAAUCACCAACCUCUCCCUUCCGCCACCCAAACAGCAUCCUCAUCGUCUCCAACCGCGCGGGAAGUCACCCCAAAUACGACCAUGAGAUCUCAUCAUUAGAGUCGCAGCUCGCGCACCUCUCAAUCCCAGUCUUCCGACUCCCCGCCGGCGUGGAAAAGAAGCCGUUCUGCGGGGAUGAAGUCGUACAAUGGCUUCGAGAGCGGGAGGUUGUUGAUUCACCGGACCAGAUUGCCGUUGUUGGGGAUCGAUUGGGAACAGACGUCGUUAUGGCGGGUUUGAUGGGUUCGUGGAGUGUUUGGUGCAAAGAGGGUGUUUUUGAGCCUGGUGAGGUUGGGAAGCCGGAGCGUAAUAUCUUGGAGAAGAUGGAGGUUUGGGUUGAGAAAUACUUGAGGGGGAAGGGCUAUAAGGCCCCAAUGCCGAGGGAUUGGGAGAAGGUGUAG